AUAGAUGUGUUUCUCUAGUCACGUAGUUGUUUCUUGAAGUCAUCUCACACAGACAUGUAAAAACGAAACAACGAAACAUCAUAGCAAACAGAAACAAACCUCAUUUAUGAAACAUUUAUCGUCAGUCCAUUGUCUUACCUUGCUUCGGAGUUAAGACUAUACUCCAGGUUUACUACAUACUAUUCCCAUUGUACUAUACCUACACAGGGAUACUAUACAUAGGGGUCUUAAGAACAAAGAAGGGUCCUAUUAUACCUCCACCCCCGGACUUCACCAUUCUACUAUUAUUUUAAUACAUUACCUCGCCUCGUCUUACCUUAGGUAUUCGACCUAGGAUUGUUACUUUUAACUUACACCACUUUCUUCUAAACCUAUUUGUCUCACUACAUCCUUUUUUCUAACUGGCAGCCGGUUCUGUCUAUUCAAGUUUUAUCUACUUGUUUACGUGUAAUGGCAUCAGGAAUAGUCGUUCAACAACACGCGCGCGACUUAAUAUCAUUACCUAGCUCCAAAUUUCAAAUUCCCGACAUCGCCGAAACCGAAACCAUUACUACAACACCAACAACUACGACUACAACUACAACUACAACAACAGCCAUUAAUCCCCUCUUAAACCUUCUAACCAAUUCUCUCGUCCUCCACCAAACAAUCCCUUACCUUCCAAUCUCGAGCCUUUUAAACCUCGCCGCAACAUCCCCCGCCUUUCGCGACUUAUUACUGUGUCGCACUCCAGGCGUUUUCCGACACCUCGACUUAACACGAGUUAAAAACGCCCAAUUCGAUGGGGGCGAUGGUGGUAUCGACCACGGCGGCGAAAUCUGGCGUAAUGUCCAAGUUGACGAGAAUUUGACCGAAGACGAUUUUUACUCAGGUCCUCUUCGUGGUAUUUUCCAAGGUCUACGACGUCGCGACAUUUUGCGACAUGUCCAAACCCUUAUUCUAGACGGUCUUUCCGUCACGGCCGAGUUCUGCAACGAUGUCCUUGUCGACCCCGCCUUGCGCGUACGAAUCCUAUCUAUCCGCGACGUUAAGAAUCUAAACGAGCGCAAACUCAUGCAAUCUUUGCGUUAUGCCUGUCGGCCGAGCCGUCCCGAUGAUACACCUCGGUUAAAAGGGCUAUACGUAUUUGGUGUAAAAGACGCACCUACGGCUGUGACCGCAUCGACUACGCAUACGAGACUAAACGGAGCGGCUCGAGGUACCAAUAUUAGUAUUGAUUGGAAUCACAAGUCACAAAACGCACUAAAGGAAUCGAUUCGAAGCGAAGGCGACGAUUGGUAUCAUAAGAAAGGCCGAAUAAUCAACAAACACAUUGCUGACGGCUGGGCUGAGACACUCUUGGACUGUCGUGAGGUGAUUAAAUUCGACGCGGUGCUCUGUACUGGACCCCGCCAUCAAAAUUCACCUGUGUUUGGAAAGAUCCCAGCCACACCAAGUAAAACAGCAACUGGCAACGAGAGUCGCUGGGCUGUAGCUACGUUCGCACUCGGCGGGUGUGCGUCUUGCGGCUCCUCACCAGAAGGCUAUACGGUAUACGGCGAUUCUCCAGCAGAAGAUUUACCACUAUUAGCUCCUGUACCGCUUCAUUCAUCCACCAUCAAAGCAGCAACAUGUCCUAAACCCACCCUCGGGUCUGAGGCAGGUACAGAAUCGCAUAAGUUCGUUCCAAGAUGUCUAGAAUGCAUCCGUGAGCGAUACUGCUUCAGCUGUGAUCAAUGGUGGUGUGAAUCCUGCUAUCAAGUGCCCAGUCGGCACGAAAUAAACGCACAACACGUCCACGUCGUCGACCAGACGAACGGCAUGGUGGUUCACGAAAUGGCUGCUCUCGAGCAACCUCACCUCAAGGUACGGAUGGGUUACUGUCUUAAUUGCAACCUGAGAUCCAUGGAAAGGAGACCGGGGAACAAUCGGAACCCUUUUCCACUUUCACCGUCCUAAGUGGUUUCCGAAGCCGCAUAGGAUGAACUACUACCACCCCUCUAGAUGAUACGAUGUGGUUCAUGUAGGGAUGGCGAAGGUGGAUAGUAAACUAACUGCUUUCGAUCAUCCUGGGAAAUUGUAUGCGGCGAGAUCCCCCUGGCAUAGACAGGUUUUCAUUAAUGGUCAUGAAAUCUAUUGGAAAUAUUUCGCUAAUUUAUGAUUACAGAAACCCAAGAUCAGCCGAAGUUGUUGGGAAUGUGAACAUAACUGCCUUGAUUGUAUUGCCAAUACCCAGAAGCUCUGUAAA